GUCAAGACGGUCCCAUACAUGCAGUCAUUACGACCUCUCACUCAUUCAUUCAUCUGCAUCUCCUCUCUCCCGUCCAUCAUCCAUCCAUCCAUCGACCCAUGCAUGGCUCUCAUCUCAUUUGGCUCGCACGAAGCCGAUCAUGAGCUUGGAGCGGUCGAACACGGUGUAAAAAGCACGCAGGAACACCUGCACACAACACACACUUCCUGUCCCUGUCCCUCUCUCUCUCUGGCUGUCUGACCUGUCCGAGUGUCCACCCUCUGAUGUCAUCCGUCUCGCCGGCGUCGUCCGUCGCUAUGCCUGCAUGGGCACACAGAUACAGUGAUUUGUCGUACUUGUCUGUGUGUGUGUGUGUGUGUGUGGGCUGUAGCUGACCGAGCAUGCAUUCUGACUGUCCGUCCUCCCGCCGAAACUCCAAGACGUAAUCGUCCGGCGUCAACACAAGCUGCAGCCACACACACCCCCACACAUGAGGCGCACAUCCCCCUGUCUGUCUGUCUGUCUGUCUGUCUAGGUCUGUGUGACCUCCAGGACGUUGCCUUCGAGCCCCUGUAUCUGCAGCAUGAGGGACGGCAGCCGGCCGCGGUCGGCACACGACGACACACGCAGGUCAGACAGAUCGGUCGACUUGGGGGCGUAGAUGAGAUAAGUGCCAGUGUCUGAACAGACACGAAUGACACGUGUGUGUGUGUCUCCACUCAAUGCUUAUGUGUCACCGACCGACGAUCGACGUCUUCUCGCCGUCCAUGCUGAUGUCGAGGAGCGGCGCUGUGGCUGACGGGCUGUCUUGCGGCUGUGCCUUGCGAACGCCGAGGACAGUGACGGCCCAGUAGGACGAUGAGGGGUCGACAGGCGCCCACACAAACUCCUCGGCUGGCGUCCGCUUCAGUGACAGGUCCGCACCGCCAAACAAGAUCUGGCCGCCGUCGUGAGACAGAUGGUACGAGAACUGAUUGGCCAAGCUACACGUACACACACACACAGAGGUGAGAGAAAGACAUCUCAUCCGUGUGCCUGUCUGUCUGUCUGUCUGCUGUGUGUGGGUGUGGGUGAGACUUGAGCUUAGUGAGGAUUUCGUUCUUCAUGAUCGUGUCCCUGACACACAUACACACAGAGACAUGGCAGCCACGUCUCCCUUUCUGCCUCUCUAGUUGCAUCGAUCUAGGUGUGCAUCGUACAUGAGUGGUGUGACGCCUCUCUGUUUGAUCUCCGCGUUUGCAAAGCCCAAACCGACAAUGCCGUCCCACUCGAUGGUCUCGAGCAGCGGCACGUCGACCGUCGACGCGAACCCCACACUCUGAUUGGGAACCUCGAUGCCAUCACCGACCACAACCUGCACACCACCACACAGAGAACAUGCAGCCGCCCCUCUCUCUCUGUCUCUCUCUGUGUUGGUUAUAUUUUACUCACCGUCUCGGUUGCGUCUCGUCCGGCGACUUUGCCGCUGAGGUACUCGACGCUGAGUCGCGAGGGCUGGCCGUCUGACGUCCGCCGCGGGCGGUACGUAACACUCCGCCGGUAGAGGGUGUGUCUCGCACAGGCGGGACUCGCACAGCUCUGGUCGGGCACCCACAACUCGCACUACGCACACGGAUGGACACAGAGACGUGAGAUGGGAUUGUCGUUGUGUGUCGGUGGUCGUCUGACCGACCGAUGCUGUGUCGAACAAGACUUUAAAAUGUGUCGUGGGGCUCUUGCUGCAUCCAUCCAUCCAUCCACAGAGACACAGCCAUGCAUCCACCUCGAGUGCGCGUGUGAUUUAUUGGCUGACUUACCCGAUGCCGAUUGUGCCGAAGUAAGUCGCCAGACGCUGCACACAAAGACACAAAAACACAAACCAUUCUGUCAUUCCGUCACUGCUUAGUUUCUGUAUGCGCCUACCUUUGAUGCGAGGACUUGUGUGUGCAGGGGGAGUCUGUCGCCGCCUCGAAGACUCAGCUGCAGAAAGGACGGGGCAGACAGAGUGGCGUUGUGUCUCAU